AUCGCAGCCAGCUUCACUUCAACGCGUUCGGUUUUAGGCCAUUUAUUUAUUCGCAAUUAAUGCGAAUGUAAAUCUGAAUUGUGUAUUUAAUUUAGUGUGCACGAGUGCAAGGAAAAGCAAAACUUCAAUCUGGGGACAUUUUGAACGCGUGCGCCCAUUGAACGACAGCGCAUUUAAUUUUCUUUCGCAUUUUUUCCUUAUUUUUUCGCAUCAUCAGCCCCCGUCGGUGUGUUGGUGCACGCGAGUGUGUGUGUGUUUCUGCCGCCAAUCCAAAACGGAAGCGUAAAAAUGGAUGUGGCUAAGCUGGAUAAAAUGAAGGUGGUGGACUUGCGCAACGAGCUACAAACGCGCGGUCUGGACACCAAAGGAGUCAAAGCCGUGCUCAUCGAGCGACUCCGGGCACAUGUAGAAGGUGGUGGAGCCGGCGAUGGAGAUGGCGCACCAGUCACACCAAGCCGACGUCAGCGUCGCACGCGCUCAAUGUCCCGCUCUCCCUCUCCCGUUGCAGCUGCACCAGUCGCCACAGAGCCAGAGCUGGAAACCCUGGAAGAGGAAGACCAGGCAGGAGAACCAGCCGCCUCCGCAGCUGCCGACAAACCGCAAUCAGAGUCGGAUCUCGAGGCCGAGGCCGAGGUCGAUUCAGCUGAGCCGGAAGCAGAGGACACAGUUGAGUCCGAAGCUGCCAAUGACGAGGAGAAGCCACAAGAAGCCGAUGAACCUGAGGAAGAGACAGAGGAAGCAGAAGAAACUGCUGAAACAGGUCAAGAAGCUGACGAGCCGAUGGAGCAGGCCGAAAACGAUGCCAACGAUGGCAACGAUGAAGAGCAGCCGGCCCAGGCAGAGCAGCCUACCCCAGAGGAGACUGCGGAGGUGCCAGCUGAGAAAGCUGAGCCCCAGUCGAACGGCGACAGCCAGAAAAUGGAUGUCGAUGAGGAGGAGACACCUGCCGCCCCCAAGGCGGACGAAGAACAGGAAAAGUCCGAAGACCAGCCAAAUGAGCGUCGCAAACGGUCGCACAGUCGUUCGCGCUCCCGCAGUGGCUCCCGCUCCCCCAAGCAUCGCAACAGUGGCGGUGAGAAGCGCGAGCCCAAACCAGUUGCCGAGGAGCGCACAGUGCCAGAGGAUGAGCCCACCAUCGAGGAGAACAAAGUGGGACUAAGCUGGCUGGACUCCGAUUUGCAUCUUCGCAUCGAUCCGAACACAUUUGCUACGGCCAAGCCUCUGACAUCGGAGAUUUAUUCCCUGAUUUGGUCUGGCGCUCGCGCCAACUACGGAGUGCGCGAGGGUAAGGUCUGCUUUGAGGUGCGCCUCGCUGAGGAAUCGCAGCCGGAAAAUUCGCAUCAUUUCCGGGAUGAGCCGCAUGUGCGCGGCUUUCGCGUUGGCUUCUCAAAGCCUACGACUUCGCUGCUCUUGGGCGAAGCCGAACAUUCCUUUGGCUACUGCGAGACCGGACGCAAGGCCAAUGAGGGCGAGUUCGUAGACUACGGCAAGCCCUACCAGCUGGACGACGUCAUUGGCUGCUAUCUGGAUCUGGAGAGUGAGCCGUGCACAAUCAAGUAUACCCUCAAUGGAGAGGACCUCGGGGUGGCAUAUGAGUUCGAAAAGAGCAUCCUGGGCGAGGAGGAUGCUCUCUUUCCGCACAUAGUGACCAAGGGCUAUGAGUACUCGGUGAACUUCUCGGAUGGCGAGCAGCUUCUGGUGAACGCCGAGAGGCCGACGCGCAAGCGCCGCAAGCAUCGCAAGGAAGAGGACAAAGACGACGACAAAGAUGAUAACGAUGGCGAAAAGUGGAAGGUUCUGGACGAGGCCACCGCAGACGAUGAUGAGGUCGAGAAGAAGGAUGAUGAUACGAAGGCAUCGUCAGAGAAGGCCGAUGAGGAGGACUCUGAAAAGCCAGAGAAAUCCGAAGAGGAAGAACCCGCACCAAAGGUAGAGGUUAAAGCAGAUGCAGAAGCAGAGACCGAGGUCACGACCGAAGAUGCUGAAAAGAAGCCAGAAGCUACUGAAACUUUGGAGACAGCUGAGCCAGCCACUGAAACCUCUGAACCGACAGAAGCAGUUUCGAAUGGCGAUGCCAAUGCUGAGAAGGCAAGCGAGGAGGCACCAGCUGAGGAACAGAAACCCUCGACCGCUAAUGAGGAAGAGGAUGAUGAUGGACCCUCGCCCAACAAGCGCAUCAAGACCGAUGAAGACUCCGAAAAGACGGAGACUGAGAAGGAAAAGGAGAAGUCACAGUCGCGUGACGAUGAGUACGAGGAAGUGGUGCCCGAGCCCCGCGAUACAGCCGCUCUGCUGUCGGGCUACGUGCUUAUUGGCCUGGUGGCUGUGGAGCAACUGAUUGCCGGACCACAACGCGCCGCUUCGCGCAAGGAGUGCGAGGUCAUUCUGCUAGUGGGACUGCCCGGUGCCGGCAAGACCCACUGGACCCACAAGCAGGUGGCAGACAAUGCUGACAAGCGUUACGAGGUCAUCGGACCCGAUUCCAUCAUAGCCAAGAUGACGAUCGAUGGCGCCUCUCGCAAGACAGUGCACAAGGGCCGUUGGGAUAAGGUGCUGGAGAUAUGCUUGAAUAGCCUGGGAGCCCUAGAAGAUAUUGCCAUGAAGCGGCGUCGCAAUUUCAUCCUCGAUCAGACGAAUGCCUAUGCCUCGGCCCAGCGACGUAAAAUGAAGGGUUUCAACGACUUCAAGCGCAUUGCGGUCGUUUGCAUACCCGGCGAAGAUGAGUUGAAACGUCGGAUCGCCGAAAAAGAGGAAAAGGGAAAUGCUUUUACAGUUAAAGAAUCAACAAUUAAUAACUUACGAGCCAACUUCACUCUGCCAUCGCUGGAGUUUGGCUGGUUUGAUGACAUAAUCUACACGGAGCUCAGCGGUGACGAGGCCAAGAGCGAGGUCAAGAAGUACAAUGAGAAGGGCAAGAAGGCCAUCGAUGCGGACAGGUCCAGGGACAAGCGAUCUCGUGGCGGCCGUGACAAUUACCGACGUGACGAGCGCAAUCGCAAUCGCUACAAUGAUGAUCGUCGCCGGGAAUAUGGCGGCCAGCGACAUGAGAGUCGAUGGAACAACGACUCGAGACGUGGUGGCGGCGGCGGCGGCGGUGGUGGCGGAGGCGGCUACUCCAGCAAUAGUGGAGGCGGCGGUGGUGGCGGCGGCAGAAGUGGCUAUGACAAUCGUCGCACCAGCUAUGGUGGCGGAGGAGGUGGCGGCGGUGGCGGUGGUGGCCAACAGAACUGGAUGCAGAACAAUCGCAGGAGUGGCUACGACGAUCGUGGCUAUGGAGGUAAUGGCGGCGGCGGUGGAGGCAGUCGUGGCUAUGACAACCGCAAUCGUGGCUACACUGGUGGAAGCGGUGGUGGUGGUGGCGGUGGUGGCGGAGGAGGCGGCGGUGGCGGCCAGCAAAACUGGAUGCAGAACAAUCGCCGAAGCGGAUACGAUGAUCGCGGAUAUGGUAGCUCACGGGACUAUCGCGAUCGAGAUCGCGGCAACGAUCGCAGCCGAAUAGGCAGUACGGAUCGGAAUCGGGGAAGCAGCCAGAGCAGCUACCGCUCCGGAGGAGGAACUCACCAACAACGGGAUUUUCGGCCUGGCCACCGCGACACCAAAGAAGAUAGUCGCGGUGGCUAUGAGCGGUCAGCUGCCCAAUCUGUGCCUAAAUAUGGCAACAAUUCGGCCGGAAGUGGCGUAGGAGGUGGUGGCGGUGUUUACGAUCAGUACAAGCAGCAAACGAGUGGAACAGCCGGCGGCGGCAAGUCCUCUCUUAGCGGCAAGUGGAGCACCUAUGGCCAGCCGCAACAGCAGCAGCAUCAGACAGGUGUCUGGCAGCAGCAGCAGCAACAGCAGCCGUCACAACAAUACCCACAGCAGCAGCAGCAACAGACCGCCGGCCAGCAACCAUAUUGGGGAUAUAAUCAAAUGCAGGCUGGUUAUGGAAACCAGCAAGCCUGGCAGGGUGCCGAUCCUCAGCAGCAACAACAGUGGAUGUCCUGGUGGCAGCAACAGGCACAGGGCUCUGGCGGAGCAGCGGCCGGUAAUGCCAGUGGAGGCGUGAGCGGUAGUGUAGGAGGCGCCGCUGGCAAUAAUGAUGGCGGUGCCACCAAUCAUUAUUGGUCUCAAUAUUCAUACUCCACACAGUCCAAUUCUGGCGCCGACAAGAAGUAGCAGAAGGCGGCAUCCUGCACUCCCGCACCCCCCUGCUGUCCACCUACCAACAGGAAAAAUCUUCGUUUGGACAGAAGCAAACAAAAAAUGAACUACACUAAACUUUAUAAUGAUAGUUUUUAAACAUUAACAAACCGAUUAAAACAACAAAUUAACCUUAGUUUGGCCAGUUUUAAGCGUCUGGCCGUUUGGGCUAGUCCAAACUCUACCACAAAAGGCAAACCAAAACCAAUCUUGCGAACACACACAAAAUCAACAUAAUACUAAACUGUGUAGAUUGAAAACAAACCCCCAGAUAAUAUUUCAGUUCAUAUUGGUUAAAUGUAGUCUACGACAUCUCCACCUCUUGAGAAUUACAUUUGGUUUCUAUUUUCCAACGGGCAUUUCUCUUUUGCUCCCGAUGAGCAAUACACAGAAACAUGAUUUUUUACAUUUUUUGGCAGUACAGUACCCAUCUAGACAGUACAAUUUGUUCUAAAGUUUUAUUACGAUUAUUGUUUUAAAUUGAUGAAACAACCACAAACAGUUGGAGAACAACUAUAAGCAAGGAAAGUUUAACAAAUAAAUCUAUGCAUUGAAAGCGA